AUGUCUGGCUGGGCAGCUUAUAUUAAAAAUCUCCUUGGCUCAAGCAACUGCAUCAAACGCGCAGCCAUCGUAGGUUUGGACGGUGCGAUUUGGGCCCGUUUCUUUAAUUUGAAUCUCUCUUUUAAGGCAAGUGAAGCAGAAAUAAAGAAAUUUGUUGCUCUGUUCGAAAAGAUCCAUGAAGUGCCUGGCAAGGGUUGCGAGCUGGAAGGUAUUCAUUACAUCGUGCCACGAACGGAAGAUAACCUCAUCUUUGGUAAGAAGGAUAAGACUGGAUUUUUUGCUUCCAAAACGAAAUCAGCUGUUCUUAUUGCUUGCUAUGAAGGAGAAAACGCUGCAGAAGCUCGUGUGGCCGUUGAAAAGCUGGCACAGUAUCUCACUGAAGCGGGUUAUUGA